ACUCCAAGGCAGUUGCAUUCAAGGCUCAAGUUCCCUGAAAAGAAGAGGCAGCCGGGAAACGUACAAAGAAAAGAAAACCCUUAACCAGAGUGGUGGACCCGAGCGCCUUGGAAACUGCAGGUCUGCAACCAAAACUCAAAGGAAACCGGCACCCCGGCGCAAGGAUGACAGUGCUGAUUUGAAGUGCCAGCUUCAGUUUGCCAAAGAGGAAGGCUCCCUGAUGCGUAAGAAGAUGGCCAAGCUGGGGAGGGAGAAGGACGAGCUGGAACAGGAGCUCCAGAAGUACAAGGCCCUGUAUGGAGACGUGGACAGCCCUCUCCCCACGGGGGAAGCGGGUGGGCCACCCAGCACGAGGGAGGCCGAGCUGAAGCUGCGGCUGAAGUUGGUGGAGGAAGAGGCCAACAUCUUGGGCCGGAAGAUCGUAGAGCUGGAGGUGGAGAACCGAGGCCUCAAAGCGGAGAUGGAGGACCUGCGGGUCCAGUAUGAGCGAGAGGGUACAGGCCGGGACCACAUGGCAAGCAUUCCUACCUCACCCUUUGGCGACUCCCUGGAGUCCUCGACGGAGCUCCGCCGGCACCUGCAAUUCGUGGAGGAGGAAGCGGAGCUGCUCCGGAGGUCCAUAUCCGAGAUCGAAGAUCACAACCGGCAGCUGACGCAUGAGCUGAGCAAGUUCAAGUUUGAGCCCCGGCCGGAGCCAGGGUGGCUGGCGGAGGGCAUGGGCAAGGGCGCAGCCGGUGGGGCCCCUCUGCAGGAGGAGCUCAAGUCGGCGCGGCUGCAGAUCAACGAGCUGAGUGGGAAGGUGCUGAAGCUGCAGUAUGAGAACCGGGUGCUGCUGUCCAACGUGCAGCGCUAUGACCUGGCUGCCCACCUGGGCCUGCGCGCCCCGAGCCCCCGGGACAGCGACGUGGACAGCGACCAGGGCAAGAAGGAGAGCGACGGGGAGGAAGGCCGCCAGCCCCAGCCCAAGCGGGAGGGCCCUAUUGGCGGCGAGAGCGACUCAGAGGAGAUGUUCGAGAAGACGUCGGGCUUUGACAGCGGAAAGCCAUCGGAGGCAAGUGAGCUGUGUCCGGCCGAGCUCCUGCGGGUCAGGGAGGACACCGAGUGCUUGGCAAGCAUAAAGCACGAGGCCGAGCAGCUUGAGCGGACCAUGGAGCGCCUCAUCACGGACACCGCCGGCUUCGGCGACAACAUGGGGCUGCGAGGCAGUGGUGAGGCCUCACUGGGGCCUGACGUCCAGGGGGCAGGGGAGACGGGGGAGACGGGCGAGACAGGCAAGAAGGAGCCCCCGCUGCUGGGGACCAUCAACUUGAGGAUGAAGGUUUUUAGGAAGGAGCUGCAGGCCUUCCUGGAGCAGGUGAACAGGCUCGGGGACGGCCUGAGGGAGCGCCUGGAAGACCUCUCCCCCUUGCCCCACCUCACAGAGUCUUCCAGCUUUCUCUCCACUGUGACCUCCGUGUCCCGGGACUCCCCCGUCGGGACCCUGGGGAAGGAGCUGGUCCCGGACCUGCAGUCCAAACUGAGAGGUCAGCCGGAGUGGCAGCCGGGACAGGAGCGUGGGGAUGAGCCGGAGCCGCUGCACCGCCGAGCCGACGGGGACGCUGGGAGCUGCCGGCUGGGAGGCCAGAGCUGCUUCAGUCUAGAGAGUGUACCGCUAGAGGAGCUGCAGGGUCAGCUUGCGCAGGCGACCAGACUGCAUCAAGAGGAGACAGAGAAAUUUACAAACACGAUUCGGAAGAUGGAGGAGGAGCACCUCUAUGCCUUGAGAUGGAAAGAACUAGAAAUGCACAGCCUGGCUUUGCAGAACACCCUCCAUGAGCGAACUUGGAGCGACGAGAGGAAUCUGAUGCAGCAGGAGCUCCGGUCCUUGAAGCAGAACGUUUUCCUUUUCUACGUCAAACUCAGGUGGCUGCUAAAGCACUGGCGGCAGGGGAAGCAGAUGGAGGAGGAAGGCGAGGAUUUCACUGAGAGGGAGCAUCCAGAGACCCUCCCCAGGCUGGGUGAGCUUGGAGUUCAGGGGGACCCGAAGGGGGAUGGCCCAGACCGAGAUGACAAUGGUCCAGGUUGUGGCUUUUCAAUGGGAGAGCAUUCUCCACACUCCCCUGUGCAGAUUGGUGACCACGGAUCAAGGCUGCAGCCUGCGCACGGGGGACAGCUCCACAAGCAGGUGGUGGAAAACCAGCAGCUGUUCGGGGCGCUCAAAAGCCUGCUGGAGGACCUGCGCGCCGAGCUGCGGGAGGACGAGCAUGCGCGGCGGCGGCUGCAGCAGCAGUACGCCAGCGACAAGGCCUCCUGGGACGUGGAGUGGGCCACGCUCAAGUGCCGCCUGGAACAGCUGGAAGAGAAGACUGAGAAGAACUUGGGAGAAGCAGGCACUUCCACUGACAGCAAGGGAGCAUUCAAGAAGGAGAGGGAGACGCACCAGAAGCUCCUCGCCGACAGUCACAGCCUGGUCAUGGACCUGCGCUGGCAGAUCCAUCACAGCGAGAAGAACUGGAACCGGGAGAAGGUGGAAAUUCUCGACCGGCUGGACAGAGACCGGCAGGAGUGGGAACAGCAGAAGAAGGAGCUGUUGUGCAGAAUAGAGCAGUUGCAGAAAGAAAACAGUCCCCGGAGAAGUGGCAGUUUCCUCUGUGAUCAAAAGGAAGGCAACAUCCGCCCCUUUGCCCACCCAGGAAGUCCCCGAAUGCCCCGUCCCUUGGAGAUGUGGCCCUGCGCAGACACCGACUCCACCCCGUUUGAUGACCGGCCACUGUCCAAGCUGAAGGAAUCGGACAGAUGUUCAGCACGGGAAAACCUUUACUUGGACGCCUUGUCUCUAGAUGAUGAGCCAGAGGAGCCUCCGGCCCGAGGGCCCCAGCGGGAGUUCAGGAACUGCCUCCCCCAGGAAGAAGAAAAUCACAAGGGAAACCUUCAAAGGGCUGUGUCUGUGUCCUCCAUGUCUGAGUUCCAGCGUCUGAUGGACAUCUCUCCCUUCCUGCCGGAGAAGGGCCUGCCGGCUGCCAGCAACAAGGAGGACGUCACCCCGCCCCUGUCUCCGGACGACCUGAAGUACAUCGAGGAGUUCAACAGCAAGAGCUGGGACGAGAGGGCCCCAGAGCCCUGGGCAGACAGGACCGAGGGAGGGCGGGCAGGGAAUGAGGCCAGUGCCGAGCCUUUCCCCAGCUCUUCCUGGUACCUCACCACGAGUGUCACCAUGACCACGGACACCGUGACCAGCCCAGAGCACUGCCAGAAGCAGCCCCUACGGAGCCACGUGUGCACCGAGCAGGCUGGGCUGCGGGUGCUGCACAGCCCGCCCGCUGUCCGCAGGCUGGACAGCAUCAUGGCGGCAGGGAGUGAGGGCAAGGGCCGGUCAGAGCCCGAGUGCCAGUUUCCCACAAGCAGAGCCAGGGUGGGCGCUGAAGACACAAAGGGGGGUCCCUCAGAACAUGUGCUUAGCAGGUGGCCUUGUGCCCCCUCCAGAUACCCCCGAGACUAUGUGGAGGGAGGGCUGCGCCCCCUCGAAAGUGCCCUCUGCACUCCCCUGGGGUUCGUCUCCCCACUACACAGCCUGCAGAUGGCCAAGAACAUGAGUGAUGACAUGAAGGAGGCGGCCUUCUCCGUCAGGAACGCCAUAUGCUCUGGUCCCCCCAAGCCUCCACUCAAGGACAUGGCCUGCCAGACCAAUGGGUCCCGAACAACGGGGACACAGACCAUUCAGACCAUCAACAUUGGCCUGCAGACCGAAGCCCUGCGUGGCAGCGCCAUCACCAGCAGCCCCCACAAGUGUCUCACGCCAAAGGCAGGGGGUGGUGCCACGCCCGCGUCAUCUCCUUCCCGCGGCCUUAGGAGCAGGCAGGUGGCCCCCGCCAUUGAGAAGGUGCAGGCCAAGUUUGAACGCACAUGUUGCUCCCCCAAGUAUGGGUCUCCCAAGCUGCAGAGGAAGCCCCUCCCCAAAGCCGAGCAGCCAAAUAGCAGGACCUCCCUGGGGCUGGCUCCAAAGGGGUGCAGCGAGUCAGCCUGGGCCCGCUCCACCACCACACGAGAGAGCCCUGUGCACACCGCCAUCAACGAUGGCCUCUCCAGCCUCUUCAACAUCAUCGACCACAGCCCCGUGGUACAGGACCCCUUCCAGAAGGGAACGCGGGCGGGGAGUCGGUCUCGCUCAGCAGAACCUCGGCCGGAUCUGGGCCCAGGCCAGGAAACCAGCCCCAGUUCCCGGGGACGGUCCCCCAGCCCCAUCGGGGCUGGCUCAGAGACGUGGAGGGAGGAAGGGGGAGAGGGCACGCCCUUGAGGCAGGACUUAUCUGCUCCCCCUGGUUACACGCUCACUGAGAAUGUAGCCCGGAUCCUCAACAAGAAGCUGUUGGAGCAUGCCUUAAAGGAGGAGAGGAGGCAGGCCCCCCACGGGCCCCCAAGUCUUAACAGUGACAGCCACAUGGGAGAAACAGUCAAAGCUGAACCAGGGUCCAUUGAGGAACUACCUUGUUCUGCACUAGCUCCAUCCCUAGAACCCUGCUUCUCCAGGCCCGAGAGACCAGCAAACCGUCGCCCUCCGUCCCGUUGGGCCUCCCAUUCCCCUACUGCCUCACCGGCUCAGUCACCCGGAGACCCAGCCUCGUUGGAGGAGCUCGGCGAGGAGGAGCCACCCGGGGAGAAGACACACCUGUGACGAGUGCAAGUUUGCAUGGAUUAUCGGGGAAUAAUUCCCUGUAAUUUGCAUAACCACACCGUACUCAUCAACCAAGCUCCGCCCACAAGAGGAUAUCUAGCUUUCCCAAGGUCAAAGAAUGUUUUUUAAAAAACACACAGCUGCUGAAUGUCCAACCUGUGAACCUGAGAUGUUUCUAGAACGAAACCGUAAACGUGCCUGUAAUAACUUAAUUUUUUUCAUAGCUCAGAAAACUAUUUUUGUCUCCAUCUUUUUUACACAGUAUAUUAAACAAAAAAAGCUAGAUAAGAUAUAAAUUUAAAAAAUAAAAGUUUUAAAGAUGUACAUUUUAAGAGAUUCUGAACGCCCUUGCUCUCAAUACUGACUGCCUCUGUUAAAUUUGCACUGUUACAUUUUGGUUUGGUUUAUUUCCACGUUGAAUUAGACUGUUUUAAGUUAAUUUUAUUUUGUCAGUGUUUUUGUUUUUUAAGAAUUUUUUGAAAUGCUUCAGACUGUCUGAUUCAAUGAACUUUUUGUAGUGAAAGAGCCAUGAAGCCAGUCGACAAGACAGAAAUCCUCUCUACGGGAGGGGAUACACAUCUGCAUUCUUGCAAAGGUACAGAGUCCUCAGCUGGGCUUACCAAAUUCGCUGUAUAAUCCACAUCCUCUACUCGACUUGCACGUCUUUGGGUUCGAAAAGCUGGGGUGCAUGUACAUACUGCUACUGUGGUCUCACCAUCACAUAAGUGUGAGUCAUCUGUCCCACCAUAAUACAUUGUGAAUCCCUCAUACUGUACUUUUAUCAUUGUCCUCUUGCAUCGAGAUACAACAGCAAUGGCAUUUUUAAAUUAUUGUUAACGAUGAACUGGCAAUAUACAGUGUUUACUCAAAAUUUUCUUGUUUAAGGAAAAGCACUACAAAAAGUCAGGAGGGUACCACACUGAAUCAAAGGAUGGUGCCUCGGAGUCUGUAUGAGACCAUGAUGAAGUAGAAAUAAAGCCUUUACAAGAUG